AUGGAACACUCGUCCCCGUUGGCUGCUAUGCAGCCCCCAUCGGUGCUCUUCGGGCAUUGUUUUCGCUCGGAUGCAAGGACAUCCUACCCUGCGUUUGGUGUCAAUUCAAACAGUUUCAACUUCAAAGAUUUAUCUAUGAAAAAAGCCCAUGGUGCCGAUUACUUUAAUGUAAAAGGCACAUCUCCUACCGCGAGCCUCGCGGCCGAUCUAUCUCAAAACUUCCAUAUUGAUCAGAGUCCCCAAGUGGCUACUCCACGACGGUCUUUGUUCUCCUCUAACCUUUUUGGGAAUGGUAACAGACGUGAGGAAGCGAUGAGGACACCUCCACUGUCUUCCUCCCCUGCAAUGGAUAUCAUGGAAAUGUCGCCGUUACCGCACAAACCUCCAUUCAACACUUUGGAAGCUGAACUCCGCACUCCUACAAUCGAGAUUUCCUCUAUGGACACGCCCAUGAGAUCUAAUACUGCCAGCCCUCUACUGGACUCGCCUUUGGUUGGGCAAAAAGAAGGCCACCAUGAAAGGAGACGUCCAACCUUUCUUCGCCCCAGCCUAGCCAGGAGCAAAGCGCAGUCCUUUCAAUUGGGUAUGGUUAAGCCCGCACCGGAGAGCCAAGCACCGCCGUUUAAAUUCCAAAGCAAGGGAACCAAGACGUCGCUAAGCACAUCGGCUUCGUUGGAGGAUAUGUUUAAUGAAUCACCACCUCGUGAACGGUCAUCGCUGAGAAAUCAUUCGUCCCAUGGCUUGGUCAACCCGCGGCUGAGACCCCCAUUUGGCCGAGAGACGAGCCAUGUCCGUGGAAAUGGAUCUCCGUCGGCAGCAUCCAUUCGCAAAAACUCGCACCCCAUGAUGCGCCCUCGUAAACAGUGCCGACGUUCGUUGAGCAUGUUUGAGAACCCCGAGGAUGUAAUGGUCGAAAAAGAGGCUUCUUUUACAUCAAAUGCACCACUUCAGUCCGUCUGUGACAUCGAAGGAACCCCCAGCCUACAAUUGCCUCACUUUUUGCCUGAGGACCAGGCUGAUACAUUGCCUCGCAUCGACAAGAGCAUUCUCGUGGAACUCAUGGAUGGAAAAUACAACGACCGUUUCGACAAUGUCAUGAUUAUUGACUGUCGGUUCGAGUACGAAUAUGAAGGUGGUCACAUCACUGGCGCUGUGAACUACAACGACAAGGAUAAUCUUGCCGCGGAGCUCUUCGCCAGCCCUAAACCAAGAACGGCAUUGGUUUUGCACUGCGAGUAUUCCGCACACCGGGCUCCCAUUAUGGCCAAAUACAUUCGCCAUCAGGAUCGUGCUUUUAACGUGGAUCACUAUCCACAUCUUACCUACCCGGAUAUGUACAUUCUGGACGGGGGCUAUAGUAGCUUCUUCUCCGACCAUCGGACACUGUGCUUUCCCCAGAACUACGUCGAAAUGUCUGCCAAGGAACAUGAGUUUGCCUGCGAGCGUGGCCUUGGGAAGGUCAAGCAGAGGUCUAAGUUGAGCCGCGCUCAAACCUUUGCCUUCGGUCAAUCUCCCCAAAUGGAAGAUAGCCCUACUGGGAGGUGUCGCAACGGCCUUGGAGACCGUAACCGACUAUUAGGUUCUCCAUUUGCCGCAAGCCCCGUCUCCGCUCGCUUCUCCGGCCGCCGCAUGCUUUCCUACUGA